AAGUGAAUUAAAAGUGAUGUCACGUGUCUUGAGGCUCCAGACAUUUUGGGGCCGAGAUACACCUCUUUCCGUCCUUUCAGUAGAACAGCUCAGGAAAGGUCUUUCGGCUGGACUGAGCGUACUUUAUAAUCGUGCUGUAUCCACUUAUAUAAAAAUGGUGAACAUUCCCAAACUACGGAGGACGUUUUGUUGGAAGUGCAAAAAGCACCAGCCUCACAAGGUGUCUCAGUACAAAAAGUCCAAGGAACGUACCUAUGCCCAAGGUCGUCGUCGUUACGAUGCUAAACAAGCAGGUUAUGGUGGUCAGAGUAAGCCUAUUUUCAGGAAGAAGGCCAAGACUACAAAGAAGAUUGUGCUGAAGAUGGAAUGUAAUAAAUGCAGAAUUAAGAGCCAAGUACCUCUCAAGAGAUGUAAACAUUUUGAGCUGGGAGGUGACAAGAAAAGAAAGGGACAGAUGAUUCAGUUCUAAAUGUUCUGCAAAUAAAGAAAAAAAAGGACAAA